AUGACAUUUAUUGUGGAUAUGAUGGCUCAAACACAAGAGGAUGUGAGUGUGGAAAGGAAGAAGACUGAGCAGGAACAGAAGGCUAAGCCUGCUAAUCCUAAGGGAUUUAUCAGAUACGUAAUGUUAACCGUUUCAAUCAUAUGUCUUUCGUCAAUCAUGGCUAAUAUUGUUUGCUUCAACUUUACGGUGUUAUGUAUGCCCGGAAUCAAAGUACCGUUAACUGACAUUCUAAAUAUGACGUUGGUUGAUGAGAAAUCGGAAGGAUUUACGAAAUAUGAACGAACAUUAUUGUUUUCAUCUGUUGCGAUUGGAGCUCUAGUUUCUGUUAUUCCAUUUUCUCAUUUCAUAACAACAGUAGGAUGUCGCAAGAUGUUCACACUGGCUGGCAUCAUAACUGCCAUAGCUACCGGUUUUAUUCCACAGGUAGCUGAUAAUAAUCUCAACAUGUUUCUGGCUCUUCGAUUUCUACAAGGCAUCUCGUUCUCAGCCUGUAUGCCUGCUGUAGGUAGUAUUACAGCAUCUUGGGCUUCAUUAUCUCAAAAUGGAUUGUUCAUGGCUGUACUCACCACCUUCGCACAAGUCAGCGCUAUUUUCUCGAUGCCCAUAUCGGGAGAGUUGUGUGAAUCAGAGUACGGCUGGCAGUCCAUUUACUACCUUCACUCAGUCUUCUGCGUGUUUUGUUUUAUAAUAUUUGCUUGUAUUUAUAGAAAUACUCCAGAAGAGCAUCCUUGGAUUUCUGUAGAAGAAAUUGAAUUCAUUGCUGCUGGCAAGAAAGUGAGGAUUCCAGAGAAGGGUGAAGAACCCACUGGAAUACCUUACUUAUCCAUCAUGACUACUCCAAGUGUUUGGGGAGUCUGGGUUGGAGCUCUAGGAGAUCUCAUAGCUAUUCAGCUCAUUCACACAUUUUCACCUCUGUAUAUGCGUCAAGUUUUACAAUAUUCUGUACAUAAGACAGGCUUCGCGGCCGCCCUUCCUGUUUUGAUGCAAUUCUUUGUCAAAGUUUUUGCGGGACAUACGUCAGAUAGGAUCACACAAGUUUCUGAAACAACCAAACUGAGGAUAUACAACACGAUAGCUCUUGGAGCUAGUGCUCUAUUCAUGAUAGCUUUAGCGUUCGUGACCAAAGGUCAAUCCACCGCUGGAAUAGUUCUGAUCAGUCUAACCACCGCUAUGUUUGGAUUCAACGGGGGUGGAUUCAAUAAGUGCGCUACCCUCGUUUCAAGGCAGUACAGUCCUUUCGUAUUAGGUAAUGUGCAGUUCAUCUGGUGCAUUGCAAUGCUGUUCUGUCCGAUUUUGGUUUCCUUAUUAUUACAAACGGGUGAUGUCUCUGAAUGGCGUCUCGUAUAUCUUGUUCAUGCUGCAAUACUUCUACUUUCUAACUUAUUUUUCUGUUUGGUCGCCACGGCAAAGCCUGCUCCUUGGACAGAUAACUCCAUUAGGCCUUCGUCUAAGAAAAAUACGCCUCUUUAUGUGGCUUAA